UGCUUCCGGUCUACAGGGGUGAUAAUAUAGACGAAGUAUUCUACGAAUACCUGCGACGCGCAGUCGAAAAUAUCAUCGUGUGCAUGUAUCUCCGUUCAAAUCAACAUUGCUCCGCAUCGGCACUGAGCGCAUCGGCAUCGUGCUGGCGUGCAUAGCAAGACGAAAAUCUUCGAUAAGAAAAAAUCGCGCGUUCUGUGUAUUAUUAGGAGUAGCGUAACGUGAGAAAAUUGUCAGCGUAUAAUAAAAGAAAGCAGCGUAUAUACGUGCACAUUUAACGUGUCCCGCCAGAACUGUCGACGGUGAGCUUUCCGGAUACGAAGUCACCGAGUUAUCCCGCUUCGAUUUUCCUGCAGCGACGUUCGCAGUUCAAGUGUCAAUUUUCCGCGAGCGAACGCGUUGCGACCGGCGUCGUGUGGCACAGCUCGGACGAGUGUUUGCGAAAACUCGGCUGCGUCCCAAAAGGAACGGACAGAUCCGUAAACAAAAAGGAAGAACGCUCGGCUCGACGAGCGGGCCUCGGAUUGUGCGUACGCGAGAGAAUUAUGAGCCAACAACAUCGUUCAAUGUGUCACUAUCACCAUUGUUAUCUCGCGACUGCCGGCUCUUUCGCGAUUGAAAACUUUUGACACGAGCACGCUAAUCGCGCGAAUCGCCGUCGUCGGCGUCGACGACAUUACCGGGCACACAGCGAGGCAACUGUGAACACCGUCAUCUGCAGCGUGACGGGAUGAACGGCUUCAGCACCGGUGAGGAGGACUCGCGCGGAGCGGCGGACCAGAUCUGCUGCCUUGUCGACGAGGGCGAACGAUGCUCUCGCCCGGCCGGCAACGCGUCCUAUAGUAAACGCAUUCAAAAGACGGUCACCCAACGACGGCUCAAGCUCAAUCUCGAUCACAUGGCACGACAUAUAUACAUUUGCGACUACCACAAACAAGUGAUCCAGUGCGCGAGGACAAAGCAGCAGCAGCAACGCAGACGCAAGGAUUCCGAGGAGGAUUCCGGAGAAACCGACAACGAUCUCCCAGAAGUUGAUCUCUUCCAAUUGCAAGUCGGUACUCUGAGACGAUACAAAAGGCAUUACAAGGUUUCAACACGUCCCGGUCUUAACAAGGCUCAGUUAGCGGAUACUCUCAUGAAGCAUUUCAAGACGAUCCCCGUGGUGGAGAAGGAAGCCCUAAGCUUUUUUAUAUAUACAGUGAAGACCAAUGCGAAUAAGUUAGAUCAAAAGAACGGUCUGAGUAGCAGUGAUACGACGUAGCAUGGACAGAAUUUUCCCGAUAUUGUCACUAACAUUACAGAUUAGUUAUGUGAUAAGUGUAAUAUCAAUUUUUACUUGUUAAUACGUACAUGUAUUUUAUAAGAAACUGUGUAUAAUAUAUACAUAUAUAAGUGUGCGUGUGUGUGUGUGCGUGUGUGUUGCAAGUAAAUACCAUUAUCACAAAUAUGUAUAUUUCAAUAUCAAAAUUAUUUACUGUUAUUUUAUAUUUUUUCGGGUGCACAUCGCACAUUGUACACAUCACAUCAUGUGCGCAUACUCUGACAUGUUAUAAAAACAAAAUCCGUGUACAGAAUGCAUAAGAAUCACUCGCCUGUUCACGAAUGGCGAUAUAUUUCGGAAGGAAAUUUCCCGAAAUGAUAAACGCGCAGUUAGUACGAAAUAAACAAUUUCUGCGAAGUAAAUAUUUUUAUAUAUUUUUACCUUUAUUGAAAAAAGAACAAAAUACAUAGAAUAUAUGUUUAUUUUGGGAUUUCAAUAUAAUUUCCCGAUAUAUAUACUAAGCCAUAUAAGUAUGAAUAUAUGUAGUCGCAAGAAACCAAGUAUACUGUACAACAUAACUCACUUUUGUGCCUUCUUCAUUUCUUCAGUGGAAUCUUUCGUUAAAAAUUCUUAUCCAUCUGAGUACAAAAUUCGAAUGUAUAGGUAAGUUUAAUUCGUUAGAAACAUCUGUAGUGGGUAAAGAAAGUAUUUGUAUACACACUCUUGAAAUAAAUGACGAGAAAAGAAAUAUCAGCGUCAAAGCGCUUUACUUUAGCAAACUCAUUGCAAAUGAAAAAACUGUAUAUACUCGGUGAAAUCUUAACGGGAAUAUAAUAAAAUAAUAUGAACAAAAAAAAAAUAAUUGUACAGUACGAACAGUGUUGCAUAUUGACGUUAUCAAGCAUCAGCUUUUCGAGUUCUCAUUUGAAGUAAUACUUGCAUUUCUUUUUGAAAUAAAAAAGACCAUCUUUUUUUUACCCACUGUAUUUUAAAACUAUUUCCAAGUAUAAAAUCAAGGCUAUUGUGAAACGUUAAAAUUAUUCUUCAUUUUUACUUGUUUUUUUUUUUGGAAGUUUACUGUUGCACACAGUUCUAUGAUAUAAUGGGAUUAUAUUUCUCCUUUUCAUUCCAACUGAGUAACUUCUGACGCUCGCGUUACUUUUUAUAUACCUCAGCAAAGCAAUCUACUGUAAUUUUAUGAUGCAUCCAAUAUAGGUGCAUGGUGCAAUAUAUACGAUUUUAUUAUUCUUGAAUGUUAUAUCAGUGUCAUCAUUACCACUAGCAUGGUUUAAUAUAGUGUAGUAGCAGUUAUUACGGUUUGAUUUAUUAUUCUUGCUAUCACUUAAAGUUAUACAGUAGAAUCUCAUGCUAAUGCUCGAUUGAUCGAAUGUGUUUAAUUAUUUGAAUAGUGUAAAAAA